AACUUAGUGAGGAAUAUGUUACAGUUAGCUUUUGAACUGAUAUCAACACAGACCAAAAUGUUUAAACUGGUGGUGUUGUCUGUUGUACUGGCUUUGGCCGUAGCUGAGCCCAGCGCCAUCGCUCCUCUAUGGGGAGGACACUUAGCAGCUCCCUGGGGCGCUGCACUCGCUGCUCCAUGGGGUGCUGCAGUCGCCGCUCCUCUAGCUCUGGGUGCUCCAAUCGGCGCGUACAACUACAGAGGCCCACUGUCACUCGCCCCUGGACAGCCUGCUAACAUCCUGGCUGCCGACGGAAGGCCACUCGAUACCCUGAGUGUUAACGUAGACCGUGCCGCUCAUUUGACCGCGAAAGCUCUUGAUCACGUUGGUGCUCAUCUAUUGAAGAAAAGAUCAAUCGUCGCUAUUGCUGCUCCUAUCGUUGCUCCUAUUGCUGCGGCUCCGCUUGCUCCAGUCGGCGCGUACAACUACAGGGGCCCACUUUCACUUGCUCCUGGACAGCCCGCUAAUAUCUUGGCUCACGAUGGCAGACCACUGGAUACUCUUAGCGUUAACGUUGACCGUGCCAUUCAUUACACUGCUAAGGCACUCGAUCACGGUGGUGCUCAUCUGCUGAAAAAGAGAUCAGUCGUCGCUCCAUGGGCCGCAGCUCCUUGGGCGGUUGCUGCUCCAGCCGCCGCCUGGUCACACUCUGCCCGCAUCGACGUUCCUGCUGCUCGCAUAAUCGCACCUGCUCCUGUUGCCUUGGCUGCCGCUGCACAUGUUGCUCCUUGGGGCUUGGGACACGGCGCUCCUUUGGGACACCAUUGGUGAAAAGUACAAAAUAUUAGGCUAUAAUCUUUAAAGACAUGAUAAUAAAAGAGAGUUAUUCACA